AUGACGGCCCAAUUGAUAAGUGGAACAGAAACCUCAAAACAUCUUCUGGCUGAUGUGGCUGAAAAAAUCAAACGACAAAAACAGGAACACCCCUCUUUCAACGCGAUUUUGGCCAUCGUUCAGGUUGGAAACCGGCCUGAUUCAAAUGUUUAUAUUGGGGCUAAGAUUAAAAAAGCUGCUGAAGUGGGAGCUGAGGGAAAACUCAUCAAAUUGCCCGACACAAUCACCCAAGAAGAGCUCGAGAUCGAAAUCGAUAAACUCAACAAGGAUGACAAUGUCGACGGGAUCAUUGUGCAGGUAUCUACGGUUUAA